AUGCAGUUGCAGCAUUACGUUUGGUCACUUGUACGGAGAUUUGACCAGCCGCAGAAAUACAAACCAUUUGUGAGCAGAUGUACAGUAAUUGGUGAUCCUGAAAUCGGUAGUCUUAGAGAAGUCAAUGUUAAAUCUGGUCUUCCUGCAACAACAAGUACUGAGAGAUUAGAACUUCUUGAUGAUGAAGAACAUAUCCUCUGUAUCAAAAUCAUCGGUGGUGAUCACAGACUUAAGAAUUACUCGUCGAUUGUUACUGUUCAUCCGGAGAUAAUCGAGGGAAGAGUAGGAACAAUGGUGAUUGAAUCUUUUGUAGUUGAUGUUCCUGAAGGUAACACAAAAGAUGAGACUUGCUACUUUGUUGAAGCACUUAUCAGAUGUAAUCUCAAGUCCUUAGCAGAUGUUUAUGAAAGAUUGGCUUCUCAGGACUUAACUCAAUCGCUACAUUAUCAAUGAAGGCCAGUGAAGUGAAGUAUCAAUUCUGGAAAACGGUGUCGUUUUUGAAGAGUAUAAUUCAGGAAAUGCGAUUGAGUUAAGUACUUCUUCCUGAUAAAAUGGUGUCGUUUUUGAAGAGUCGAACCUCCUAUAUGAAGCGGCAGGUUUAGUGCAAAUAAAAGUUCUUAUGAGUCUGACUGAAACAAACCAUAAACCAUUGGUGAAGCAGAUUCAAUUUUAAAAUCAAAAUUUUAGGGUCC